AGUGUUUUGACCCCAAAACGUUUUGUCAUGUACUUCUUACUGCUUCCGGGUUAAGCCUCUCCUUCGCUGGCAUGCUUGUUGGAUUUUUCCAACCAAAAGCAACAUAGUUUAGCUGAAGAGAAAAUAAAAUGAGCUCUCAGAAAGGAAAUGUAUCUCGCUCACGAGCUCAGAAGCAUCAAAACAGCAUUGCCUUCAAAAACGACAAGUACGGAGCGACUGCACAAGUGAAGAAGGCGAAUUCAAAGAUCCACGAUGGACUCUGUCAACACUGUAAAGGUGUCCUUGAGUGGAAAGUCAAGUACAACAAAUACAAGCCACUAACACAACCCAAAAAGUGCGUCAAGUGCUGUCAAAAGACAGUAAGGGAUGCAUAUCACAUUGUCUGUAAGCUGUGUUCGCUUCAGCUUGAGAUCUGUUGCAAGUGUGGGAAGAAAGAAGAAGUCAUUAUUCCAGUGAACUCACACUUAGACAAGAAGGAACAAGAAGACGAAGAGAAAAAGAAAGGACUAAGGCGAGGCAAAGAAGAAGAGGAGGAUUUUGACUCUGAUGACAAUAAUAAUGAUGAUGAUGAUGAUUUUGACAACCUUGAGGAUGAUUGAAAAGGACAGAGACUUUGGAAUCUGGACAGAGACUUGAAACCGAAAAAUUCACCCAAAAAAUCUGACAAUUUUCCAGAUGUGUCUUUGCUAAAUGUUAAAGAUUAAUGUUUAUUUUUUUGGUUUUUUUUUUCAAUAUUUAGACUGAAUGAGGUUUUUGUCAUGGCCUCUAACAAGCUGAGCAACACAUGAAAGAAAGAAGCUGGUUGUUGCAGGAAAACAGGCUGAAAUGUACAUUCAUCUUUUCAGUAUUUCCUUUUUUUAUUAAAACAUUGUUUAGUUUUACUUAAAUUUUCAAAUACCAAUGAAAUGGCAAAAUCCUAUACAUUGAAACGGUUUCGUUUUGUAGUUUGAAAAUAACAAAAAAAGAUUUUUCGCAGUUUAUAAUUAUAUCUUUUUCAACUUUCUGGCCACAGAAUUUUUUUUAGCAACCAGUUUGUAAAAUAAAAUGUGAAAAAAAAAGAAGAAAGAAUAUGAUACAUGGUCUCCAGGAUCUUUUUGAAAUAAAAAGUGUGAAAAGUG